CUCGAGCAGUGUGCUCAUUUUCUCUUUCCCCCCCCCCACUCAAACACACACUCCAGCACACCUUGCUCGUCUCUGGCACGUGUGCUGCCUGCCACUAUGAGCGCGACUGCGAUACAGCAGUUCCCGCGGUUGGCAGAACACGCAACCGCAGAAGACCGGCACUGGAAGAAAUAUGGCGAACCACGCAUGGUUAAGGAAGUUGGACCGGUUCAGGCCAUCAACUUCUGCGCCCAAGCCCCACACGAUUACGUCGUCACCGCUGGUUCCCACGUGCACGUGUACAGCGGCCAGACCCACCGUUCCAAGAUCACCUUCUCCAAGUUCACCGCCGCUCGAUCUGGCGCCUUCCGCCGCGAUGGCAAGCUGCUUGUGGCUGGUGACAAGGCGGGCCCCGUCAAGAUCUUCAACAUUAACACAAAGAGCCCUUUGAGAAUCUUUGAAGGCCACCGCAAGGACGUGCGUGUGACCAACUUCUUGGCCGAUACGCAGGUGUUUUCUGCCGGCGAAGAAGGCGUGGUCAAGCUAUGGGAUAUUCCUCAAGAGCAGGAGGCCCUCUCCAUUCAACUCUCUAACGAUUACAUAACGUCUGGAAACACAAUUGAGGCGAACCCUUCCCUAGUAUUUCUUGGUGGCUAUGAUCACAAGGCGCGCCUUGUCGACGUUCGGUCUGGGGAGUCGCAAUUGGAGGUCGAUCACGGCGCCAGCAUCGAGUGCGUUUGGGCCUUUAACAACGGCACCAUGGUCAUCACCGCAGGCCAGAACCACAUUUCCAUCUGGGACGUGCUCGCUGGCGGCAAGCUUGUCGACAAGCUCUCCAACCAUCGCCAAACCAUCACAGGCGUGUGCUUGGAUCACACUGAGAAGCGCCUGUUCUCGUGUGGUCUGGAUCGCAUGGUCAAGGUUUACGACGUCACAAACUGGAGCGUGGUUCACUCGAUGAAGUUCACCGGCCAGUUGCUGUCCAUGGGCAUCGCUCCCGAUGAUAGUGCGCUUGCUGUGGGCCACUCCAACGGCUAUCUCGGUGUGCGCGUACGCCGUCCCAAAGGCGUCGGGGGCGCUGUUGCUGCCGAUGGUACAAAGAAGAAGAGGAGACAGCCCAGGCCGGGCACCCGGCGCUACUUCAUGCGCGGGCAGAGCGCCAAGCCCAGCCGCUCCGACAUGCAGGUGCAAGUCAAGCACAAGCGCAAGAGCCACCCACACAACAGGCUGCUCGCCAAGUUCCGCUUCAGCGAGGCCCUCGACGAAGUGUUUCGCAAGAAGUUCCCUUCAGUGGUUAAGGUGAGCUUCAUGCACGAGCUCAUGCAGCGAGAGGCGCUGCGCACCGCCCUCAGCAACCGCGACGAGGCCGGCCUGGAGCCCAUCCUCAGUUUUGUCGUCGCCCAGAUUACCAACCCUCGCUACACCCGCAUCCUCACGCACGUUGCCCAUCUCAUUCUCGACAUUUACUCGCCAGGCAAAGGAAGAGCGCCGCGGAUCGACUCAAUGUUUGUCCAGCUGUCGAACAAACUCAAGCAGGAGCUCAACCUCCAGCGACAGCUCAUUGCUGUUCAGGGCAUGUUGGAUGCACUGCUUGACGUGAACCCAACAGACUAAUUGCACUGCAGCCCAUUUAUUAUACACUAAUAUGAACGAAGAUUAAACCUGUUUGAAGCAAGUUUUUAUGCGCUUCAAGGUCAUGUGUGACAACAGAAAGUGUAGGGCAAUGUGAGAAACGAC